UUCCUCUCGCGCUUUGCGUCUCUUCUUUAUGGCGGCCUCCGGCGACGGCGCCUUCUCGUCGUCGUCACCCAUGGAUCGCCUCCUCCGCGGCAUCUCCAUGCCAUACGAGGUCCCUUCUGUCGAACGGCGGCUUCUCAUGAAUCCUCCUUCGCCCUCCAGGAAGAAGAAAGAGGGCUUCGCCGGUGCGGCGCUACGGAUGCUGGGCUGCGCCUCCGAGGCGGCCUCGCAGGCGUACGAUCCGUCUGUUUCGAACGAAAAGACGCCGGGGAGGAGGAGGAAGACGGAGAAGGAAGGGAGGCGGAUUCACGGCGGUGGCAAAAUCUCGUGCGCGCCGGUGACUCCAUCCUCCACCGAAGCGUCUUUGGCUGGAAGAAAGCUGCUGGAUGCCAGCGAGAGUCCAUCUUCGUGUAGAAGGGAAAACCACCAGGAAACACUGUCGAACCCUAACGCACCUCUAUUAGGGCAUGAUCGUGUACGCUCGGAAUAUCUUCACCGAUCGCCGGGAUUUCACCCUACUCCGUAUCGAUCCGAGGAGAUAAUCAUGUUCCAGACGAUCGUCCAGUUAGGAGAAUUAGAUGUGUAUGAGCAAUACCAAGACCAGUGGCUCGAUGUCGAUAACAUGUCCUACGAGGAGCUACUCGAGCUGGGCGAUAAAAUAGGGCAGGUUAACACUGGGCUGGAGGAGGAACAGAUCAUGAGCAGUCUAAGGAAGGUUAAAUAUUCAUUUCUGGAUGCUUUAAAAAGACACAUUCGAUCAGACAAUGAACCGAAUUGUAUCAUUUGUCAGGAAGAAUACGCCAUUAGUGACGCAAUUGGAGAGCUGCAGUGCGGUCAUAGGUAUCAUGUACGAUGCAUCAAACGGUGGCUUCUUCAGAAAAAUGCUUGCCCUGUCUGCAAGACUGCUGUUUCUACGCAAGCUUUCGAGAGUGGAUAGGCAGCGCUCAUUUUGUUGCUCUCUUCUGUCUCGGCAUUUGGCGCAUUGUUGUUUCUAAAACAUUGAAUGUGAUCUUGUUGCUUUUGAUUUUGAUUAUGAUGAUUACUAA